AUGUCGAACCAAUAUAUAGCCGCCCGGAAAGUCCACCAGAUCGCUUUCAAAGCUGCUCUUCGCAACCCCGCUCGUUCCGAUCUCUUAGUAUACAUGGUCAUGACACCAGAGCGGAGCUCCAAAAUGUUCAUAGCCAUGAAGUCGGCUAUGAACAUGUUGGUUGUGAUGGGGAAAGUCCUGGAGCACCAGAUACAAGGAGUCAAGAAAGACAAGCCAGGACUUGCGGAGAGAAGGAGCAAGUGGGACCAGGACCGCAAAACGCAGAGUGGAGGAGAGAAGCAGAGGCCAGACAACCGAAGGCGAUGA